CUUUGAUAGCGACUAGCGACCCGGAGUGGCCACGUAGUUCUCGAGACAAACAAGAAAAAGAAUGAACGAUUCGGUACGACUGUUGUUCAUCUCAGUGAUCGCGGCAAUCGUGAUUCUGAGAGAGAUUCGGGCACGUGAGGCGAUUACAGCCAGUCCAGAUGUGGGUCAGAUCAUUAAAGAUCUCGAUGGACUGCAUAUAGAUGGCACGGGGUCGGCCUUGGAGCGAGGAGCAUCCUGCAAAGUGGAUGUGCAAAAGGAUCUGCCAGGAUCGGACCAAGUUCAGCCGCUCUAUCUGCGCCCCAACACGAAUGCCUACUGGCUGCCCAAUGCAAAGGGCCAACUGGAGAUACCCCGUGGCGCUGUCAUCGAGCUCCACUGCAGCGGAACCUUUGUCGACAUGACCACGGAACUGAGAUCCAUCAAGGUGAAGUGUCUGCAGGACACACUCUUCCAGUGGGCUGGCGCAAAGCUGGAGUUUCGUAAGUUCGUCUGCUCCCAGUAUAUACCGUACACGGUGGAGAAGUUGGACAGCCGCUGCGGGAAUAUCUUGGAAUUCUCCAGUCAGCAGUCCAGUCCUGAUCAGGCGCAUUUGUAUCGCGUGGGCUACGACAUUGGGGAUGGGCGCUUUGUGCAGACCAUGGAGCUGUGCCACGACCCCCACACGCUGCGCACCCACUACGCCUACCAUCAGAUGACCCCCGCCAGCGUGCACUACCAGAGGAAUGUGAAGCGGACAAAGUUCAGCACUGCCGGACACUUCCAGGGCUAUGACAUGGGCAAGAUAUACUCGCACAGCCAUCAGCAAAGCCUGCUGGGCGGGCCGCCGGAUGGGCUGAUGAACGCCAAGACGGGCCUGUUUCUGGCCCGCGGACAUCUGGCGGCCAAGGCGGAUCUGAUCUAUGCCAGUCAGCAGCGCAGCAGCUUCAACUACAUGAACGCGGCGCCGCAGUGGCAGAUCUUCAAUGGUGGACUGUGGGCCAAUCUGGAGGAGGCCACACGACGCUUUGUGGCCGAUGCGGGCAUCACGGUCAGUGUCUACACGGGCAUCUAUGGCCAGAUGCCACUGCCGGAGCAUCCUGACGCCGGUCUCCACCUGGCCACGGAUGCCAACAACAACGAAGUGUUGGCAGUGCCACGUCUCUUCUAUCGCGUGCUCAUCGACAAUGCCCAGCCGUGGCGCGGAAUCGCACUGUUGGGUGUCAACAAUCCCCAUGUCACCCUCGCCCAGAUCCACGAGUCCUAUGUCAUCUGUGAUCCCAUAGAGGAGCAGGUGCCCUGGCUGCGCUGGCUCUCCAAGGGCAACGAGAAGAGUAAACUGAGGAAGGGCUAUCUGUAUGCCUGUUCCGUCUCGGAUCUGGCUCGAGUUGUCAAAGAGUUGCCCAGCCACCUGCUUGAGGUGGAGGCACUGCUCACCUAGUGCUACAUGCUGGCCCCGGCUAGCAUUUGAAUCUGUAAUUACUUACAUAUAUGUACAUAAGUGAGUGCAAUAAAGACUGAGUGCAAUUCAACGAGAAGUCAAAUUGCAUUUAGGAGUUAGUUUUAGGCUAGUUUUAGGAUUGUUUCCCAAGCAUUCGAUUCGUGCUCUGAAAAUAAUCUUUUUUUUUUUUUUCAAAUUUA